UCCGCACCGGCCCCGGGCGCUGCGGGGGCCCAGGAGUCCGGGCGCGAGGGGGGCACCGAGGCGACCCCGACCCAGGGCUAAUCCUGCCGUGGGGCCGAGGCCACCGUGCGGCCGAUCCUGCCGUGGGGCCGAUCCUGCUGUGGGGCUGAUCCUGCUGUGGGACCCAUCGCGCCGUGGGGCCGAGGCCGCCGUGGGGCCGAUCCCGCCGUGGGGCUGAUCCUGCCGUGGGCCCCGUCGCACCAUGGGGCCGAUCCUGCCAUGGAUCUGAUCCUGCCGUGGGACCGAUCCUGCCGUGGGACCCAUUGCGCCGUGGGACCAAUCCUGCUGUGGGGCCAAUCCUGCCGUGGGGCUGAUCCCGGUGUGGGACCCAUCCUGCCGUGGGGCCGAUCCCACCGUGGGGCCGAGGCCGCCGUGGGGCUGAGCCCACCGUGGGACCCAUCGCGCCGUGGUGCUGAUCCCACUGUGGGACCCAUCGCGCCGUGGGGCCGAUCCCGCCGUGGGGCCGAGCCCACCGUGGGACCCAUCGCGCCGUGGGGCCGAGGCCGCCGUGGGGCCGAGCCCACCGUGGGACCCAUCGCACCGUGGUGCUGAUCCCACUGUGGGACCCAUCGCGCCGUGGGGCCGAGGCCGCCGUGGGGCCGAGGCUACCGUGGGACCCAUCGCGCCGUGGGGCCGAGCCCGCCGUGGGGCCGAGGCCGCCGUGGGACCCAUCGUGCCGUGGGGCUGAUCCCACCGUGGGACCCAUCGUGCCGUGGGGCUGAGCCCGCCGUGGGGCCGAGGCCGCCGUGGGACCCAUCGCGCCGUGGGACCCAUCGCGCCGUGGGGCCGAGGCCGCCGUGGGGCCGGGCCCAUGGUGCCGCGGGCGCUGCGGGCGCUGCUGGCGGGCGCCGGGCCGGAGCCGGAGCCGGAGCUGGAGCCGGGCCGGGAGGCGCCGGUGGUGCUGAGCGGCUUCGGCCCCCGGCGCCCCGAGGCCCCGCCGGACACGGAGCAGCAGCAGGAUGAGGAGGAGGAGGAAGAGGAGGAAGCAGAGGCGCCGGGGGGGGGCGCGGUGUUCGGGCGCCCCCCGCCCGCCGCCCGGGCCGGGGCCCCCCCCGGGGGGCGCCGCCUGCGCGCAGCCCCCCUGCGCCGCCUCGCGCGGCACCUGCUCGAGGCGCCGGCCGGCGGCGACGGCGCCUUCGUGCCCGCGUUCCUGGCCACGUACCGCGCCUUCGCCCGGCCCGCCGACGUCCUGGGGCUGCUGCUCGAGCGCCUGGACGAGGCGGCGGCGGCGGCGGAGGCGGCCGAGGUGCAGGGGGCCCUCUCGGCGCUGCUCUGCUCCUGGCUCCGGGGUUACCCCGAGGAUUUCGGGGCACCCUUGGGUGCCCCGCUGGCGCGGCGGCUGGCGGCGGCGCUGGCGCCCGGCUCGGAGGCGGCGCGGCGCCUCGAGGCCGCCCGGGCGGCGCCGGGGGACGGCGGCGGUGACAGCGGUGACGGUGACGGCGGUGACGGUGACGGCGGUGACGGUGACAGUGACGGUGACGGGGGUGACGGGGGUGACGGUGACGGGGGCGCGGAGCCCCUCGACAUCCUCCUCUUCCGGGCGCGCGAGGUGGCCGAGGAGCUGACGCGGGCGGAGGCGGAGCUCUUCCUGCGCCUGGUGCCCUACGAGUGCCUGGGCUCGCUGUGGUCGCAGCGGGCCAAGAAGGGCCGCGAGGGCGCCUGCCCCACGGUGCGGGCCACCGUGCGCCAAUUCAACCGCCUGGCGGGUGCCGUGGUGCGCUCGUGCCUGGCCGGGCCGGCCCUGCGGCCCCCCCAGCGCGCCCGCCUCCUCGAGAAGUGGAUCCGCGUGGCCGAGGAGUGCCGGGCUCUGCGCAACUUCUCCUCGCUCCACGCCAUCGUCUCGGCGCUGCGGUCGAGCCCCGUGCACCGUCUCCGGCGCGCCUGGCACGAGACCGCCCGGGAAGCCCAGCGCAGCUACGAGGAGCUCAGCACCAUCUGCUCCGAGCAGGAUAACUACAGCGCCAGCCGCCGGCUGCUCUUCCAGGAGACCCCCCCGCAGCCGUCGGGCGCCGAGAGCACCCCGCGGAGGCAGCCGCGCCGGCCCCCCGAGCAGCGCCCCGUGGGCGUCGUGCCCUAUCUGGGCACCUUCCUGCGCGACCUGGUGAUGCUGGACGCCGCCAUGAAGGACGAGCUGGAGAACGGCUACAUCAACUUCGAGAAGCGGCGCAAGGAGUUCGAGGUGCUGGCGCAGGUCGGGCUCCUGCAGUCCGUGUGCCGCGGGUACCGCCUGCGGCCGCAGCCCCGCGUCCGCCGCUGGCUCCGCGCCCUGCGGCCCCUCUCCGACGCCCAGAGCCACAGCCUCUCCUGCGAGAUCGAGCCGCCGGAGGAGCCGCCGCCGGCGCCGCGUCCCCCGAAACCCACCCUCGUCGUCACGCGUUGCACGGAGCCCCCCGACUCCGCCGAGACCCCGCCGGGCGCCGAGCAGCUCCUCUCCCACCCGGCUCAGCACGUCAAGUGGCCGUCGACGUCGGCGCUGGACGAGGCGGCCGGCGCGGCGCCGUCGUCCCCGUCGCCGUCGUCGCCGUCACCCGCCGGCGUUUCGGCCCGGGGCCACCGGCGCUCGGCGUCGUGCGGCUCGGCCGCCGCGCCGCCCUCCGACUGCCGCAUCAUCCGGGUGCGCGCGGAGCGGCGCGACGGCAGCCUCUACAAGAGCAUUUUGGUCACCAGCCAGGAGAAGACGCCGGCGGUGGUGGCCAAAGCGUUGGAGAAACACGGGCAGGACGGCGCGGCGGCCUCGCGCUUCCAGCUGGUGCAGCUGCUGCCGGAAGGCCGAGAGCUCCCGCUGCCGCCUUCCGCCAACGUCUUCUACGCCAUGAACGGCGCCAGCUUGGAUUUCGCCCUCCGGCCCCGGCGGCAACCGCCGGCCGCCGCCGCCGGCACCGCCGCCGGCCGCCCAGCUCGAGCCGCCGCCGAGCUCAGCGCCACCUUCCCCAAAAUCAAAGCCACCGGGCGCAAGAUCACCCGGGCCCUCUUCUGAACCGGCGCGGCCGACGGCCUCGCCGCGGCAACACUACCGCAAUAAAAGACACUACCAGGUGGU